AAGGUUGAAUCAGGAGAGACACACAUUAGUAGAAGAAGCGGCAAUAGGAUCGAAUUAAGGUAUUGUUAUUCCGAUUCGAUUGGCAUCUUUUUCGUUAUUAUUAUAUCAUCCUCACCACUCACCACCCUUCUUCUUCUCCCAUUCCACUUCACUACUGGAUUAAGGAUUGUACAUCAUGGAUAGAUUGAAAUCUUCUGCGCGGCUCAUGAUUGUUUCCGAUCUCGAUCACACAAUGGUUGAUCAUCAUGAUGCAGAGAAUAGUUCGCUUUUGAGGUUCAAUGCCCUUUGGGAAGCCUCAUAUCGCCACGAUUCUUUGCUGGUGUUCUCAACUGGCAGGUCGCCUUUACUCUACAAACAACUGAGGAAAGAGAAGCCUAUGAUAACUCCAGAUAUAACCAUCAUGUCUGUGGGAACUGAGAUUACUUAUGGAAAAUCGAUGGUUCCCGAUGAUGGGUGGGUUCAAGUUUUGAACCAGAAAUGGGACAAGGACAUUGUCAUUGAGGAAGCAAGCAAGUUUCCUGAACUUAAGCCUCAGGCAGAAACAGAACAACGGGCACACAAAGUUAGCUUUUAUGUAGAGAAAGACAAUGCUAAGCAAGUGACAGAGGCUCUUUCUAAGAUUUUGGAACAGCGUGGGUUGGAUGUGAAAAUAAUAUACAGUGGAGGAGUUGAUUUGGAUAUAUUACCACAAGGUGCUGGCAAAGGUCAAGCUCUUGCCUAUUUGCUUAAAAAGUUUGAGACCGAGGGAAAGCUACCUGGUAAUACUCUAGUUUGUGGUGACUCCGGAAAUGAUGCCGAGCUAUUCAGCAUCCCAGGAGUUUAUGGUGUCAUGGUAAGCAAUGCACAAGAGGAAUUACUGCAGUGGCAUGCCGAAAAUGCAAAAGAUAACCCUAAGAUUCUGCAUGCCUCAGAGCGUUGUGCAUCUGGGAUUAUACAAGCCAUAGGUCAUUUUAACUUGGGCCCAAACCUGUCCCCAAGAGAUGUUUCAGACAUUGGACAAGAACAGAGUGUUGAAAAUGUGUCUGCAGUUCAAGAAAUAGUGAACUUUAGUCUGUUAAUAGAAAAGUGGAGACGUGCAGAAGUUGAGAACUCGGAGCUGUUUAUUGCUGCUAUAAAGGCAUCCACUGAUCCAUCUGGUGUGUAUAUCCACCCUUCUGGUGCUGACCAUAAUCUUAACGAGUAUAUAAAUAUUUUGAGAAAGGAGUAUGGUAAGAAACAGGGGAAACAGUUUAGGAUAUGGUUGGACAAUGUGUUGGCUACACAGAUAAGUUCAGAUAUAUGGCUGGUGAAGUUUGAUAAAUGGGAGUUACACGAUGAAGAGCGGCAUGGUUGUGUUGUCACUACCAUACUAAGAAAGGAUUCCGAUUGGUUCACCUGGAUGCAUGUGCACCAAUCGUGGUUGGAACAAUCUGGCCAAAAUGAGUGGAUAAUAUAGACAGUUCCUAGGGCUUAUCCAAGUUUUAUCUUGUGAUCCCUUUUGCAAUAAAUGUUAUGUAAUUCAUGACAAACCAAUCUCUACAUUUUAAAUAUUUUGAAGAUCUUCCAUAAUGUCAAGGUGUCCCAUGAUACAUGUAUCUGAAAUUUACUGUUAAAUUUCUGGUUGCAUAGCUUUCUUGAUAAUCAAUUUUUAA